UGUUGUCAGUUUAGUUAUCGCAAGAUUACUGGCGAAUUCGAAAGGUUUUGAUUUGAUUGGAGGAAUCGUAUGUUAAGCAAAAAAUUUCUGCUAUAAAACCAGAGUUAUAAAAUGUCCGCAAAAGCAGAUAUCGCACUUAUUGGCCUUGCCGUGAUGGGACAAAAUUUAAUACUUAACAUGGACUCUAAGGGUUUCGUUGUCUGUGCAUACAAUCGUACCCUUGAAAAGGUGAUACACUUUCUUAAUAAUGAAGCGAAAGGCACCAAAGUAAUCGGGGCCACAUCACUAGAGGAUAUGGUCAAUAAAUUAAAAACACCUAGAAAAGUAAUGCUCUUAGUCAAGGCCGGCAAAGCUGUCGAUACUUUUAUAGAACAUUUAGUACCACUUCUGUCAUCAGGUGAUAUCAUAAUUGAUGGUGGCAAUUCAGAAUACCAAGAUACUUCUCGACGCUGUGAAGAAUUGCGUGUCAAAGGUUUGCUAUUUGUCGGUUCUGGUGUGAGCGGGGGGGAGGAUGGAGCUCGUUACGGUCCCUCACUUAUGCCAGGUGGUCACUCAGAUGCAUGGCCACUGAUUCAACCAAUAUUUCAAACUAUUUGUGCAAAAGUCGAUAAUGAUCCUUGCUGUGAAUGGGUUGGUGAAGGUGGUGCUGGUCAUUUUGUUAAAAUGGUACAUAACGGAAUCGAAUAUGGCGAUAUGCAACUUAUAAGUGAGGCUUAUCAUAUUCUGAAAAGUCUUGGUUUAUCCGAAACGGAAAUGGCUCAACAAUUUGAUAAAUGGAAUAGCGAAGAGUUAGAUUCAUUUUUAAUUGAAAUUACGCGUGAUAUAUUAAUGUUCAAAGACCAUAAGGGCUAUUUAUUGAAUCGCAUACGUGACGUUGCAGGCCAAAAAGGCACAGGAAAGUGGACGGCAAUAGCUGCACUUCAAUAUGGUGUCCCUGUCACACUUAUUGGUGAAGCAGUAUUUUCCCGUUAUUUAUCAUCCCUUAAAAAUGAGCGCGUACAUGCUUCCAAACAACUUAAAGGACCUGGUUUUAAACCAAAAGUUGACGAUUUAAAAAUGUUUUUAAAUCACAUUAAGCAAGCUUUGUAUUGUGCUAAGAUAGUUUCGUAUGCACAGGGAUUUAUGCUUAUGCGCGAGGCGGCUAAGGAAAACAAAUGGAACUUAAAUUAUGGUGGAAUUGCUCUGAUGUGGCGCGGUGGUUGUAUUAUUAGAAGUGUGUUUUUGGGAAACAUUAAAGAUGCAUAUACUCGUAAUCAACAUUUGCCGAACUUACUGCUAGACAAUUUUUUUAAAAAGGCUAUCGAAUUCGGUCAACAUUCAUGGCGCCAAGUUGUAUCUAAUGCCUUUCUUUGGGGUAUACCCGUUCCCGCCUUGUCUACAGCGCUUUCAUUUUAUGACGGUUUCCGCACUGAAAAGUUGCCAGCUAAUUUAUUACAGGCUCAGCGCGACUAUUUCGGUGCACAUACAUACGAAUUGGAAGGGCAGGAGGGACGCUUUAUACAUUCAAAUUGGACUGGCACUGGUGGGAAGGUGUCAGCCAGUACGUAUCAGGCAUAAUUUGCCAAAAAAAAGUUGCAUAUAAUGAUUAAUAUAAAUAUUUUCGUAAUUCAGAGUUAAAAAUUUAACACGAAAUUAAUAUAUUAAUAAAUCUUUAACAUAUACAAUAU